CGCGCAAAGACUCGUCUUCUCUCCCGUGUUCGCGAACGACGCGCGCGCGCACACAUUUACGUGCGCGCGCACGCACGCACAGGCCGGGUGUCGCUUCCACAGCUUCCGUUUAAUUUGCGUGAGGAAAAAAAAAAUAGAAAGUGCUUGUUCGUUCCACCGCUUGUCGCUCGACUCGUCGCCUGUUCGCUGAAGCGAAGGGGAGCUUGGCUCGUACUCGGGGGGUAAUUCUGUCAGUGUGAUGUGGGGAAAAAUCCCCACCGACACUUUUGGUUUGUGUCUCUUCAGACGCACUGCAACAGGAAGCGUGUGUCGAACUCGAAAUGAUUUGCUGCUCUUACAUGAUUUAUUCAUUUGCUCGACGCCUUUCCCCCCCCCAACUUCUCUUCGACGUCGUUCAGCUUUAACUUAAACUUGUUUAAGCUGCCCACGUUUAUUUACCCAAUGCGGCUGGGUACUUUUUACCAGAGCGAUUUAGAGUAAGUUUUGUUCAGGUACUGCAGCAGCCUGAGGUGGAGGAAUUGGGAACUUCACUUCACUUCACUUCACCUCACCUCACCUCACCUGUGCCCUGCUUCGACUCCAAGCCAAGUGCGCAGAUCUAGCAUGAUGGCAGCGGCUAUGGCCAGCGAGGUGCCUCUGAAGAAAAGAAAGUUUGAUAGCCUGAGCAUGGGAGGCACAGAGGACCACAUUUCUUGCUCCUUAUUCAGCACCUCCAAUCUGCUGCUCCACAUCCCCCCCCACUGCAACUCUAGCCUCCCCGUGUGGCAGUGCAUGCGUAGGGGCCAGGUCAAAGUGGCGUGGAACGAGACGCCGUACAGCAUCAACAUCUGUAUCACCCCUCUCGCCGUGCCCCCCGUACGGCCCCCCCUGCGGGACCAGCCUCCGGGCCCGCUGAGUAGUGCGCCACCAGCCAUGCCGCACAAAGGGGCAGAAGCUCAGAGGAUCACAGAUGAUCAUCCACAGCCAGCGGUGUUGUCCCACUCCCAGACCAUAACCGUGCUAUCGCCUCACUCUCUGUGCUCGGUGGCCCUGGUCCAGCCUCUAAAUAUGGGCCACUUGCUGCCCCGCCCCCAGGACCUGCCCUUAGUUCCAGGCAGCGGUGAUGCCCCCGCACCAAAAAGCGGGGCCAAGCCAGCCGGUGGACCCCCCGUCGCACUGAUCCAACCAGUGCCCAAGGCGGAGUGGGUUCAGCAGGCCUACUUCCACACCCGAUCCAUGGAGCGCGUGAGCAUCUGUGACGAUUUCCUCUUGGGUUGCUGCCCGAACCGGUCCGAUUGCGCCCAGCACCACACGCCAUAUCCAUUUCACUGGCAGCUGCGGCGCCACGACACCCACCAGUGGAUCAGCACCUCGCACACAGCCCAGCUCAAGCUGGAGAGGCUGUACUGUGACGUAGAGCGGGACCACGCCCGGCUUAGUGACACGACAAAAGAAUUCACGCUGCACUUUGACACGAUGAUGAUAAAGAACUCAGAGCGGUACGAUGCAGCCAGAAGACUCUCCAACACCAGUGACCCAAAGAGGAACCCCCACUUUCCCACUGAGUGGAAGUUCUGCUGGAGGGACUGCUUCACCUGGCAGUGCUACCGAAAUGAUGUGUCCAAAGAGCUGCUGACCAAAAUGGAAGCUGGAGAGACAUGGUGUCGCUUCUUCAUUGGGCAACAAGAGUACGAGGUGGACUUGACCAACCUGACCCAGAGGAAUCUCUCCACAGGAUACGAGCGCAAAGUACGAUGCAGGCCCACCUUCCGCUCGCCUCUGUCUAUCAAAUCACACCUAAGAACGGUCAUCCUUAGUGAAGCGUCCCAGUCCAGCUGCCAAGUCCACCCCAACUUCAACUUAGACCCCCUGGCAGAAUUCCUCAGCUGGUACCCACCUGUGUGGACUCCAGUUCACAACAAGGAUUUUAGCCUGGUGGAGGUGCCGUUCGGGACAGAGGUGUACCAGAAAGUUCAUGGCUCAUUUCACAGCACCAUGUUGGAGACCAAGGUGGAGAUAGUCAGCAUACAGCAGGUCCAGAACAUCUUCCAGUGGGACAAGUAUCGGAGGCAGAAGGAACACAUGCUGAACCGCCACCCACAUCUGAGAGACACCCUAGAGAGAUACCUCUUCCAUGGCACCACCGAAGAUGCCGCCAAGGACAUUUGCUGGAACAACUUCGACCCGCGGGUUUCAGGGAAGAAUGGCGUAGUGUACGGCCAUGGCAGCUACUUUGCCCGUGAUGCCAGCUACUCCGACUCCUAUGCCCAGGCGUCAACCAAAAGCCCUUACAAGCACAUGUUCUUAGCCAAGGUGCUGGUGGGAAACAUGAGCCUAGGGAAAAGAAAGUAUUGCCGUCCGCCACCACUCGAGGGCAAAGUGGGCAGGUACGAGGCCUAUGACACUUGUGUGAACCACCUCAACGAUCCCACCGUCUUCGUGGUGUUUGACAAUUGCCAGUGUUACCCCUACUACCUCAUAAAGUACAAGCCACUAUCUGAUUCUCUUGAUGCUUUCAAGUGAAUAUUGCAAUAAACUGGUAACUAAUCCUUAUGUAAAGCUAUAUAGCAAAAGGAUCUGAUUCUGAUACGUUACGUGCAGUCUCGUGCUUUUGUGCAUACCCAGCAUGAAGUAAAAAGUUUCCAUUUCCUGCCACCUACUGGCUACAGUCUAGAGCUCCUUUUCCGUGCUCCUCCGAUGCACUGAAGAGCGCAGCCGAUGUUUCUGCAGUGAAGGAAAAGGAUCUCCAGCCUGCUCCUAGUGGGCAUGAAACCACACAUUGCCAAAGCUUCAGACAGAGAGUUAUAUGUUAGGCACCACUUUAUCAUGAGGGAAGAGUAUCCCACCAAAUUAUAUUAUGGUAAAUUAUGUUGACUUAAUAUAUUGUAUUGAAAUUCUCAGUACUGUAUUUUUCAUUUACAAUGUUACUGAAAGAA